UGAGCCCUGGGCGCGGGAGAGGCCGGGGGCUUUCUGCGCCCAAGGGGUUGCUGAGCUAACUCCAACCUGGUGUGUGACUUUUCCAAGACACGGUAACUUGUCCUGAGAGCUGGCGUCACCAUGGCUGCUGGAGUCGCAGCUUGGCUGCCCUUUGCCAGGGCAGCAGCCAUUGGCUGGAUGCCCGUGGCCAACUGCCCCAUGCCCCUGGCUCCAGCUGACAAGAACAAGAGGCAAGAUGAGCUGAUCAUCCUCAACGUGAGCGGGCGCAGGUUCCAGACAUGGCGGACCACGCUGGAGCGCUACCCCGACACCCUCCUUGGCAGCACAGAGAAGGAAUUCUUUUUCAAUGAGGACACCAAGGAGUAUUUCUUUGACCGAGACCCUGAGGUAUUUCGCUGUGUCCUUAACUUCUACCGCACAGGGAAGCUGCAUUAUCCCCGGUACGAGUGCAUCUCCGCUUACGAUGAUGAGCUGGCUUUCUAUGGCAUCCUUCCAGAGAUCAUUGGGGACUGUUGUUAUGAAGAGUACAAAGAUCGCAAGCGGGAGAAUGCCGAGCGGCUGAUGGAUGACAAUGACUCUGAGAACAACCAAGAAUCCCUCCCAUCGCUCAGUUUCCGUCAGACCAUGUGGCGGGCAUUUGAGAAUCCGCACACAAGCACGCUGGCCUUGGUCUUCUACUAUGUGACUGGCUUCUUCAUCGCCGUUUCCGUCAUCACGAAUGUAGUGGAGACAGUGCCCUGUGGCACGGUGCCUGGGAACAAGGAGCUGCCGUGUGGUGAGCGUUACGCGGUGGCUUUCUUCUGCCUGGACACGGCCUGCGUCAUGAUCUUUACUGUUGAGUACCUGCUCCGGCUCUUUGCAGCCCCCAGCCGCUACCGCUUUAUCAGGAGUGUGAUGAGUAUCAUUGACGUGGUGGCCAUCAUGCCAUACUACAUUGGCCUGGUGAUGACCAACAACGAAGAUGUGUCUGGCGCCUUUGUCACACUCCGGGUCUUCCGAGUCUUCAGAAUUUUCAAGUUCUCCCGGCAUUCCCAGGGCUUGCGAAUCCUGGGUUACACUCUUAAAAGUUGCGCAUCGGAGCUGGGCUUCCUCCUCUUCUCUCUCACCAUGGCCAUCAUUAUCUUUGCCACUGUGAUGUUUUAUGCCGAGAAGGGCUCUUCUGCCAGCAAAUUCACAAGCAUCCCGGCCUCCUUUUGGUAUACCAUCGUCACCAUGACUACGUUGGGAUACGGGGACAUGGUGCCCAAGACCAUCGCAGGGAAAAUCUUCGGUUCCAUCUGCUCCCUGAGCGGCGUCCUGGUCAUCGCCCUGCCCGUCCCCGUGAUCGUCUCCAACUUCAGCCGGAUUUACCACCAGAAUCAGAGAGCUGACAAGCGACGAGCGCAGAAGAAAGCCCGCCUUGCCAGGAUCCGUGUGGCCAAGACUGGUAGUUCCAAUGCCUACCUGCACAGCAAGAGGAAUGGUCUUCUCAAUGAAGCCCUGGAACUGACAGGUUCCCCAGAGGAUGAGCACCUGACCAAGACUACAUCACUCAUUGAGAGCCAGCAUCACCACCUGCUGCAUUGCCUGGAGAAAACUACUGGGUUGUCCUAUCUUGUGGAUGAUCCCCUGUUAUCUGUACGAACUUCCACCAUCAAGAACCAUGAGUUUAUCGAUGAGCAAAUGUUUGAGCAGAACUGCAUGGAGAGCUCGAUGCAGAAUUACCCAUCCACAAGAAGCCCUUCACUGUCCAGCCACCCGGGCCUAACCACUUCCUGCUGCUCCCGUAGAAGCAAGAAGACCACCCACCUGCCCAAUUCCAACCUGCCUGCCACCCGUCUGAGGAGCAUGCAAGAGCUCAGCACCAUUCACAUCCAGGGCAGCGAACAGCCCUCACUCACAACCAGUCGUUCCAGCCUUAAUUUGAAAGCAGAUGAUGUACUGAGACCCAACUGCAAAGGAUCCCAGAUCACUACAGCCAUCAUCAGCAUCCCCACCCCGCCAGCGCUGACCCCGGAGGGGGAGAGUCGACCGCCACCAUCUAGCCCUGGCUCCACCACGAACAUUCCCCCCAUAGGCAGCAACAUCGUCAAGAACCAGAAGCUGUUUUGUAUGAAAACAUCUAUAGCAAGUACUUAAAGGGGGUCUAGGAGGUCACCUAGAGUUCUACCUCCCAACCAAUGGCCCCAAGUGCUUCAAGAUGCCCCCUAAGCACCUCUAAGGCUAUCGUGACUCCAGAUUCUGAGCUCCUUGUGCUGCAUCAUGCCUGCAUUUGCUACUUCCAACUUGUGUCAAGUCAUCAAGUCCCUUCACCUCUCUGGGCCUUGCUUUCCUCAGCUAUAGAAUGAAGAGAUUGGGCAAGAUGACCUCUGAGGUACCUUCCAGCUCUAAAUCUAUGAUCCUCUCAUGGCAUCCAUUGAAUCCCAAAUAACUUUGCUCUUUGCUGUCACCACCACCACACCUGCCCUAAAAAACCUUUCAGUCCCUUCCUAAUCCCCAACACUUUAGUUUGACAACCCUCAGUCAGAGAUGAGACCUUAGUUUCUCUGACCUUGGGUCUAAAAUGGGGAGGCAAUCAAGUAGCUAGAUAUAUAGGAGAAAAACCCAAACAAGACAACUGGAUCCUUCCAGUCUGCUUAAGUGGGGUUAACAAGGAAGGUCCAACUUCUAAACUAUACUAAAAGUCUGAUAUCUUUGCAACUUACCAAAAUAAAAAAAGAGACCUAAAAUUAUGAUUGGGUCUUCCUCUUCCAUCGGUCCCCUGGGAAACUGGUUCUCAAGCUUUUUCCAUUCAUGAACCCCUUCUGGAAAGAUCCCACAUAUAAACCAUGCACCCCAACCUCAACCUGUCAAAACAAAGUUGAACAGAGGACAUGCCACUGAGUUAACUUUUAACACUAUCUGUGUAUUACCUUGGAGAUCUAGUCCAAACCUUCUAAUAACUAAUCUCCAGAAAGGUUAAGGGACUUGCCCUAGGAGGCAUAGCUCAAUAGCAGCUGAAAACCAAGAAGGGAAGCCCAUCUCUUGGCUUUGAGUUACUGUCAGAACAGUACGCUGAGACACCAAUAGGGUAUUAUUGUAACAAUCCAUCCAUGACAAAUGCUAAUAUAGCAAUUGUCACAAUGCUCAGCAACAUGAGAAUAAGUGACCCAGCAACUGGAGGUGAGAGAAGAGGAAGAGGGAAGCUCAGAGAUCACUUUGCAAACCCACUGUCUCCGUGUGGAAUCAGUUUGGGGUGCCAGUUCUGCAGGUGUAUAAACAGCUUUUUCAGAGCCAAAAGAUGCAGCUCCCCUUCUAGUCCUUGGGGAGGGUUGAGAAGCACUGACAUUUCAAACCAUAAUCCUUUAAACCUGUUUAGCACUUGCACCUUUUCCAAAACAUGGACAUUGUAUCAUAUGCUUCUCAUAACCCUAUUAGGUGGGUAGGGCAGACAUUUUGUUCUCCAUUCUGCAGUUGGACACACUGAGGUGGACAGACAGGAUUAGGAUGCAGCCUUAUCCAGCACUUUCUCCACCGCAUUUCCAAGAUUAUCACAUCAUACACAACCUAUGUCUCUGGCAUUGCCUUUGCAGGGCAAAGUCUUACUCAGAGCCAUCUGAGACAUCACAAACAUCUCAAAGAAAGAACUAUAUCCAUUCCUACUUCUCCGUGGCAUGACUUUGCGAAUAAGCCUUUUGAGCUUGAGACAGUUAUGGGACAGGCUGCUCACACCAGGCUCCCUCAACAGCACAAGACUGAGGACUUCCUUCAGAAUACUGGCAGCCACUUUUGGCUCACUAAGAUCACACAAGGAGGGUGAGCCUUAUACAGUUGCUGCCAAAGGAGCUGAUCUCUCACGCUUACCCAAGGGCCUAACACCAGCACAGAGGAGGGUGAAAUUGGGCAAUACACCAAUCAACAAGCAUGUACCAAGCAUUUAUGACAUGCCCGGCACUGUGUUAAACACUGGGGAUACAAAGAAAAGAGCUCACAUUCUACAUAUAUAAGAAUAGUGGCCAUGUAAUUUUGACCAAUUAGCAAAGGUGGAGAAUUCAUGACUGUUCAUCAAGUACGUGGGUCAACCAAGCCCUUGAUGAUUUCUCCUGCUCCCUAAUUUGGGAUCUUCCUGAGGUGUAACUUCAUAGAGUACAGAAAAGAGAAGUUGACUUUCAAGCUUAGGAAAAGGUGCAAAGCAUGGGUCAGUUAGGUUUUAAGAUUCUCUGUAGAUUCCAGUGAUCCCAGCUCCCCUGUCCCCUAUAACCAGAUAACUGUGAGGUUGGUCAUGCAUAUGGACUUUUAAGAGUUUACCUAGCACAGCCAAAUAUCUGCUCCCCAUCCAACUAAAUGGCACUGUGAAUACGGCCAAGCAGGGAACUGAUAGGCAUUUUUUUUCCCUUGUGGGCUUCUUUGUGGAGAACCUCACCAUUUGCAAAGUGCUCCAUGAUGACUGAAGAGGGAAAAGCACUGUCAUGACCCUUAAGAGGAGGUUUAUUAGAAGAAGGGACCAUCAAAAAACAAAGUGGUUUAAAGAGGUUCUAACUUAAGUCUUGUUUGCUUCGUUAUGUGUCUUUCUCACCAAGUUUGGGACUGGCCUUUGUCACAGCAAGUCACUUACCUACCUGGGGUGGGGAUCACUCCACAUGGUAUAGGGUGAUGAUCUCAGUCCCAGGG